AUGUCGGCAAUUGGUUCGCUGGUCUUUUGCACCGACUGCGGUAACCUUCUUGACGGCAGCUCCGGCGACUCGAAGGUCACUUUGGUCUGCGAUGUCUGCGGCGCUUCCUGCAAAGACACCGCCGCGAAGACAAUCGUGACCCAGUCGAAGCCGUCGUCGUUUCCAUCUUCGCUCCGCGACAAGCGCUCAGAGCUGCAGACCCUCACCGAGGACGAUAUGCAGACGGAUGCCACGAUCAGGCAGACGUGCGAGAAGUGUGGCAGGGAAGAAGUCAGAUAUUACACUCAGCAGCUGCGUAGUGCAGAUGAGGGAAGCACGGUCUUCUACACCUGCGAGUGUGGUCACAAAUGGAACACGAACAACUAA